AUGACAGAUUGGAACAUAGCCGAGAACAGUGAAAUCAGAAUAUUGGAGAAAUAUGCCGGCAAGUGUCAGAAACAUUCGCUAAUCAUGUUUCUUAUAGCAGUGACAGUAUUAGAAGAUUUUGGCUUAGCAAUAAUACGUAGCGGCGUGUUGAUCGGCCAUUUUGCAGCUAUGUUUUUAUGUAAUUUUGCGGUGCAAACAGUUACAAAUCACAGUGCGGAGAUGUUUACCGCCGCAUAUCAUACUGAGUGGUACUUAGCUCCGUUACCGAUACAAAAAUCGUUAUUAUUUGUCAUGCAACAUUCUCUAAAAGCUAACACGUUACUGUUUGGCGGAAUUUACGUAGCAUCUUUAGAAGGAUUUUCUACGGUAACAGACUUUCUUAUGGCAGUGACAGUACUAAAGGAAUUUUCCGAAAUAUUUAUAUGCGCCGGAGUGGUGUUCGGACAUUUUACAGGUUUGUUUAUAGGUAAUUUGGUUGGACAAAUAGUUACAGAUCACAGCUCGGAAAUAUUUACCGCCACAUACAAUGCGCCGUGGCAUAUAGCUCCGCUACCGAUACAAAAAUUGCUGCUAUUCAUCAUGCAACAUUCUCUCAAAGCUAAAGCGCUAAUAAUUGGUGAAAUGUUCACAGCAUCUUUAGAAGGAUUUUCCACGUUAGCAGUAUUUGUCACUCAUGACUACACUUUGAAUUUGUUAACCGAAGUGCUCUCUUUCGUUUUCCCGACUACCCUCAUUUUGCUCGUGUAUCACGUCUAUAAUUUCAGCUCCGACGCAGCUUUCAAGAAUAGAGUAGAAUUGGGUAUAUUGAAUGAUUACGCCUCUAGUGCGAAACUACUAACGAGGAUAUCUUUCUCCUUUCUCGUCGUCAUUGUAUCAGUGGGUUUGUUGCUAGCCGAUAUACCUGUAUUUCUCGAUAUAGUUCUACCUCAGAACGAGAGCCGUAGGCAAGAAACAUAUAUUACAGCAGAAUACUUCCUCGAUUCGUCCAAAUAUCUGCCUUUGUUCGCAACACACUUGGCGAUUUUCAUCUGCUUAGUAGCCUUUACGUUCAUGGCUACCGGAACGACCAUUUACGGUUACCUUUUACACGCUUGUGCCACGUUUAAAAUAGUCAACUAUCGAAUACAGAUGAUGAUGAACAAGGAUGUAUUACGGAUCCCUAGCCUGGAGCGGGAGCGUGUAAUUCUUGAAAGAUUGGUUUGCGCGGUCGAUCUUCAUCGGAGAAAUCUUCAGUUUUGCGAUAUGAUAAUGUUACAGUUAGGCAGACCAAGCCUCGUGUUAAUAGUAAUCAGUGUGUCAUCCUUGAGCUUCUCUAUGUAUCGAUUGCUGCAGGCGUUAGUGGAGCACGGUGAUAUAGUGAAUAUAACUUUACCGUUCGCUUUCGUUGCCGGCCACAUAUGCAUAACAUUCCUUUUUAACUACGUUGGCCAACAACUCACAAAUAAUAACGCUGAGAUCUUUAACACGGUGUAA